CCAAUAAAGUCUUCAACUAACUGCUGUUAUAAUGGGAAAGUUGUUUUAGCCCCACUAGGCAAUACACCUGAGUCAAUUAUAAAGCUACUUAUACAAGUUUCUCUUACAAUAGAAGAACCUUAUUUGAAGCAAAUUCAUUCAUUCAAUUCUGUUUUUUCUUUCACAUCAAUUGGAGCAUUAAUUGAUCCAGAACUUGCAAAUGGAGCCCAUGCAUCAUGGCAGCAUGGUGAAAAUACCGUAUCAGAGGAUCCAUUAAUUGUAAGUUAUACUUUGGCUAAAAUUGAAGAUUACCUUAGACAGUAUGGAAAGUACCUUACGGACUUUUCUGAGUUACCUACUAUACAGUAUGAUUUACUUAGCAUUAAUAGGCAAACACAGCUUUUUGCAGAAGAAUUGUCCUUUUCACGGGAUGAGUUAUAG